AUGACAGCACUAACAAACAAUAAUUACUUGAUGUUGCCAUCGAUGUAUAUUGGUGGUUCGGACUCUCUCGAAAGUUUGAAUUGUGCAUUGAACACCAGUAGUCACUAUGACCCUGCAGAAAUGAGUGAAACUACAACAUACAUCAAAUCAGAAUUUCCCCCUUAUUACAAUAGCAGCAGCAAUAACAGCAACAAUUGCAGUCUCGCUAAUCAGAAACCUCAGCUCUUAGUUGACACAGCAGGCGAUGAGAAUUGUUGCUCGAUUUCUUUGCCUUCGCUUACCUCUUCUGGCCAAUCUUCUCCACAACAGAUUCCGACCUUAAUUUACUCGCAACAGAUCCCGUUUGCCGAAUUUAAUAGAAAUGCGAAUAACCAUCAUGAUGAUGACAAUAACAAUGGUGGAAAUAAUGGCAAUAAUAUUCACGUUAAAACUGAGGAAUUUCAAUUGGAUCAAUUUGCUGUAGACUCAGUCUCAAGCUGUGGAUCAUCUCCGAUCAACCAGGUAUGCGAAAAUGACGAUACUACAAGUGAAAGUAGUUAUGGUGCUCAAACAUCUCCGAUAUUGGGUGAAGAACUCUUUUUAUCCGAGAAUUAUCUCUACUUAUGCCCGAGACCUGGGAGCAAUAACAAUAGUAACGUGAAUCACAAUCAAAACAGUAGCUCGAAUACAUUGAAUCAUCAAGAACAAAUGAGAUUCAUCAUUUAUGAACCGGUGAAUGAAGGACACAAUAAUCACAAUCACAAUAAUGGAAAUUGCUCAAAUACUAAUGGUGGACAAUCUUCAAUUUCAUUAAAUUUCGAUUAUUUACCAUCACCACAACACCAACAAAAUAACAUUUUACCAGCAGGCACCUCAUUAAAUCCUCCACAAAUUCAACAAAUUACGCAACAAGCACCGCUUCUUCAUCAUCACCCUCAUAUACAUGAUCUUCAACGACACAUCCGAGUACAUACAGGUGUCAAACCUUAUCAAUGCCCAUGCUGCCGUAAAGCUUUUGCUCGCACUGAUGCACUACGUCGCCAUUUCAAAGUGGAAGUGACAUGUGGACAGAGCGAAGCUGUACAAAAUAUGAAGACACGCAGAAGAUAUUCUGAGAUGCAAUAA